AGCAAGUGCUUCCUUUUAGUUAGUUAUCAUAGCAUUGCAAAACGAUACCUUAACAAUCUGAAUCGCAGAAGCAAUAGCAAUGUCAAUGGCAAUAGGGAACGCUCUCUCUCUUCCUCUCUCAAACUUCAAGAAACCUUCUUUUUCUCACACACUCUCCUCCCUCCCCAUUUCCCGCAUCAUUGUAAGCCCAAGCCCACGCCCGAGCCCGAGAUGCAGACCCACCUCUGUUCGGGUUCGGGCCUGCUCUUCCUCUUCCUCUUCCUCGUUUGGCUCUCGCCUCGAAGACACCAUUAAGAAAACCGUGGUUGAGAAUCCCGUUGUCGUUUACUCAAAAACGUGGUGUUCGUACUCUUCCGAGGUCAAAUCCUUGUUCAAGAGGCUCGGCGUUGACCCUUUCGUCUUAGAAUUGGACGAAAUGGGUCCUCAAGGGCCACAGUUGCAGAAGGUGUUGGAGAGGAUCACGGGGCAAUACACUGUGCCAAAUGUAUUUAUUGAUGACAAAAAUGACAAAAGUAGGGAAGGAAAAAACUAAUAAUGCACCAAGGUUGCACAAUCUCUUUGCAAAUGAGAUAGAAAAUCCCUUAAAACAACCAUGGAUUUCCACAUGAAUUUGUGAAGGAGGAAAAAAGUGAGCAGGUCCAAGCAGCAUAACGGUUUGUGUUUAUGAUCCUUUGAUAACAAGAUUCUUUCUAUUCAUAAAGAAGAGGAGGUAGAAUAGAACCAAUUACGAUUUUUUUUAUUCAUCCUCAAAGUUGAAUACCAUAUUCAAAAUUUGUUUUCAAUCAAAUCCAAAGGAAUCAAUAGAAAUGAAAAAUCCCUUGUGAUACUCCAGAUCUGGCUUGGUUAUCAAUGGAGUACAUAGAUCUGCCAUUUCUUGAAUUCUUUAGAUUCAAAAUCAUGAUAUUAUGUGUAUCCCCCGUUUCUUUCAAUCACAGGAUAGAUGAAAUAAACCAAAGUUGAUUUUUGUUCAAGAACGAAAUCUCAUUGGAAUUGCUCAGUGAUCCUUCAGAUCUCUAUCAUCCAAGUUUUUACCAAAGACAAAGUCUCAGUUUUUGUGGGAACCCUGAGGAAAAGCCUUUAAAAAGGUGACAUUUCCAACCCAAUUAUCCUCUAAAAAAUUCAUGUAUUGUCUCCCAGCUAAUGAAAAUCAGACAAUCUAAAAGGAUCCCUACCUGGAAACAUAAACUCCCAGGGAUUGGAGUUAGUUACAAUGUUACAUGAAUGAUGAAUCAUUAGGUUGGGAUCACAUCCAUUUUCAUCUAAACCAUGCACUUAUUUAAUCUAAACAACUGGGUGCCAAAAAGGAGUAGUCUAUUCAGGAGAGCCCAAUGCCCACAGCCAUUUAAUUUCCAACGCAUAAGUUCAGACGUCAAAUUUCCCUAGCCCAAUCCACCAUCAGUUUUAGGUUUCCAACUAAUCUGCUACUACCAAGGUGACAAGAUUAUUAUUUUAUUACAAUUUUAGAGAAUCUGAUAUCCAUUUUUUCCAUCUAACUACAAAGUCCUUACUGUGAAGAAUGUUGCCUUAGUAACUCCUCAGACAUUUAAGCUUUUUCAAAACACAUCUUUUCAUGCAUGAACAAUGUAUUGGAUCCUUAUAUUAUCUUACUAUAAUUUCCCUAAAACACAAAAAUCUACUACCUUGUUUUCAAUUU